AGAGCGGCCCCGCCCCGCCCGGAGCGGCCGCUCCGUCUCGUUCCGUCUCUAUGGUCCUUUCCGGCUUUUGCGCCGGCGCCGCCGGACGUGACGUCAUUGCGCGGCGGCGGCGGCCUGAGGCGGGAGCGGCGGUUGGAGCGGCGGGAGGGGCCGGCGCCAUGUCCUCGACCUCGCAGAAGCACCGGGACUUCGUGGCGGAGCCGAUGGGGGAGAAGCCGGUGGGGACCUUGGCCGGGAUCGGGGACGUCCUGGGCAAGAAGCUGGAGGAAAAAGGCUUCGACAAGGCCUACGUGGUGCUGGGGCAGUUCCUGGUGCUGCGCAAGGACGAGGAGCUGUUUCGGGAGUGGCUGAAGGAGACGUGCGGGGCCAACGCCAAGCAGUCGCGGGAUUGUUCCGGCUGCCUGCGGGAAUGGUGCGACGCCUUCCUCUGAGUCCCCGGCGCCCCCCCCCGCCCCCCCCCCAUCUUCCCGGCACCCCAAAACCCCCCCCCCACCCCCCAAACCCACCCCCACCCCCCCAGCCUCAGCCAAAACCCCCCAACGUCCCACAGACUCCGGCUCCCCCAAACAUCUGGGGACGGCAAGAAUUGGGGGGGGGGUCCCCAGAGCCCCCCCCCCUCCCCCAACACCCUCCCGGGCACCCCAAAACCCC